UCUGAUCUGCCCUCCCAGGUCAAGUGGGUUUUGUUGGUGACUCUCCCUCCCUCCUCUGCAUUCUCCCUGUAGCCUCUUCUCCCCCUGCUUCCUGGUCCAGCUGAAUGCAUUUCCCCAUCCAACUCUGUGUGCCCUGUGUGUCCCUGGGUCUGGCCUGGCCUUCUUCCUUCUUCUUGUACCUAAUUCUUAGCCCCCAUGCCCACAAAACCCCAUCUGCCUUGAACCGGAGACCACAAGGGAAGGAGAAGCUGCUUGUUCCCUUUAGGGGAUUGGGAGUCAUUACUGGGCUGGUGCCUCCCUGCCUGAGCGUCUGGCCAGAGCCCAGGGGUGCCAUGGCCCCCACAGUCACUGCCCUGCUGUGCUUUGGACUGUGCUUGGGCCAAGGGAUCAGGGCUCUGGCAGAGCCACUCCCAAGACCCACCCUCCAUGCUGACCCAGGCCCUCUGGUCCCCAGGGAGACACCUGUCACCCUGAGGUGCCGGGGACAUCCCGAGGCUACUUGGUACAGGCUGAUGAAAGGAAUAACUAAGAUUCAGGGUAAUCAAGGAAUUGGGGCAGAGGCGCAGUUCAUCAUCUCCUCCAUGACAAGAGACACUGCAGGGCGUUUCCACUGCCUCUACUGGAUCGGGUCUGCCUUGUCAGAGCCCAGUGAGCCCCUGGAGGUGGUGGCGACAGGCUACUACGAUCCGCCCGGGUUGUCAGCAGAGCCAAGCCAAGACGUGGCCUGGGGACACGAUGUGACCCUCCGCUGUCUCUCAGUCCAGGGAAUUGACCGCUUCGUGCUCUACAGAGUGGAAGGCGUUAACAGCUCUCCGUGGAGGGACCCGCAGUCUCAUCCCGACUUCCUCAUCCGGGCUGUGGCUGCCCCUCAUGAGGGAAAUUACAGCUGCUACGAGUUUCACAGUCAACAUCCUUACGCCUGGUCGCUCCCCAGCGCCCCCCUGGAGCUCAGGGUCACAGAUGCUACCUCCCAGGAUUACACCAAGGGCAAUCUCAUUCGCCUCAGCCUGGCUGGGCUCAUCCUCCUCAUCCUGGGAGUCCUGCUGGCAGAUGCCUGGCACACUGGAAGGAGGUACCAAGGAGCAGUCCUGGCCUGAUAAAGCAGGAGGGCAAAGCUGAAGGCUGGGGCACAGGUGGACCCUUACAAGUCACUGAGUAUCUGGGACCAGUUCUGCCUAGCCUGGAGAGAGGAAGGGCCAGCACAUCAAUUCUAUGUGCCCUGGAGCCUGGCUCUAACUUUCCUUCCUGGCAACCCAGCCCUCCCCCUUCCUCUGCUUUCCUCCUCCCCCUCUGCUUCCUCCUCCUCUUUCUCCCCCUCUUCUCCUCCUUGAUCCCUACCAUCAGUUAUGAAUCUUUAAGACAAAGAGAGCAGAUUAAAAACCAGAAUCCUACUAAAUGUUGUUUACAAAAAAUACAUUUGAGAAAGGGAGACACACACAGAGUAAAAGUAAGAGGAUGGAGCAAAAUAUAUUGUGCAUCAUCUAAAGUAAAACAAAACAGAAAAAAUGAGGAGUAGUAAUGAUGAUCUCAGAAAACAAAGAGAGACACACAUUUCCCAAGAAGACAGAAUCCUUGGAGUCCCUGAAACACAGUUACCACCUGCCCUUGGACUUCACUCUCUUAGCCCUGGGUUCAAGUCCACUACUGGCUUUUCUGAGUCUAAGGGCUUUGCACCUCUUCUCAGAUAGCAGGAAAAGGGACAAACAGGCUCCUAGCUGUCUUCUCCACUGUGGUGGAAGAAGCCCUCCUAGACUGUAGCUUUCAGCUACCUCAACUCAUGGACUUUAGACUUCUGAUCCUGGACCCAGCAGCUACUCAUGGGGAGUGUGCUCUAGCUGGGAUGAAGGGGAACUCCUAGCGGAGAACAAGUCCCAGAAUCCUAGAAUGUAAGACUUAGAGAUGAGUGGCACUCCAGUGUCUAUCUGGUCCGAUAUGAAGCUAAAAACAUGAUCCCCUGCAUACACUAGACAAAUGGUCAUCCAGUCCCUUCUAAUUACUUCCAGGGGUGGGGAACACCCUCCCUCAAUUCUUCACAAUUCUAAUGGUCAAUGGGGUUCUUUCUGAAGUCCUACCUGAAUUUGUCUUUUUCUAAUUCCUACCCAAUGCUACUUGGACCAAGUGGAGCCUCUCUUUCAUGUGUCCAAGUCUUUAGAGAUUUGGACACAGUUAUGUUCCCUUGUUUCCUCUUCUGAAAGCUAACCACAUCCAGUUUCUCCCACUUGUGCCCAAUAUGGCAUGAGUUCAAGACCCUUCACUGAUCUUGUUGUCUUUCUUUGGCCUCUCUUCAGUUAACUGAUAUUUUUCCAAAAUUGUUGAGCUCAGAACUCACCACAUGCUCUCCAGGUGGUCUGAUGAGGAAGAAAAUGGACCUCCAAUGGCUUCCUCAGGCCUGGAAGCCAUGUCUUUCUUAAAAGAAUCAGAAUUGGAAAAUCAUCCGUAAACAAACACAUUUCUGAACAUGGAGGGAAAUCUGUGAAACUGUCAAGCUACUGCAGAUAGUUUGUUUUAUUUGAAAAUCCAUUAAAUUUUAUCAAUUGCCUUAUUACUAUGUACAUAAAUUAAUUUGUAUUCAAUUCAUGAAUUGUUAUGAAUUAACAUACAUUCAAUUUUAUGUUUAGAGCCAAUAGUGACCUGUUGUUCCUUCUUGGACUUCCUACAGGUUUCUUCUGGGUAUUAAAAAAUAAUAAUAAAAUGCUUCUUUGACAUUA